AUGUGGUUAGUCAGUGAGCGUCGGGGCCGAGCCGACGGCGACGGCGAGCACGAUAUUAGAGGUGCGGAUCCGCGCUGCAAUUUUAGCAAAGCCGGCAGCACGGUGGAGUUUAAGAGCGGGGCGUGCGCGGGGGCCGGUGAGCCGCCCGCGCCGCCGCUAGCAUCGCUGCCCGAUCCGCAGCAAUUCAACAUCUUCCCGGCCUUUUUCAGCCGCCAGCUGAACUUUAGCAGUGGCGGUGGCGCGGGACAAGGGGCUAAAAUCAUGGAGGAGCUCAGACCCAACUUGGUUGGGGGGCUUCUGGGUGUCCCGGGGCUGUUGGACGAGCAUCAGCACGAUGCUAAGUUCCUCACGGGUGCAGAAAGUAAAUAUACACCUGAUAAGGGGAGAAAGUGCAGUAAUGCCUCCAGUUCAUCAGCAGAAGAAUUUGGUGGGCUGUAUGGUGGGGAGCAUGCUGCUACGCCGCCAGCGCCAGCAAUCAGUCGUUCCCUACAGGACCACUCAGGUACUUAG